GCUAAAGAAAUUUUGACAAAAGAAUCCAAUGUACAAGAAGUGCGAUGUCCUGUCACAGUCUGUGGAGAUGUCCAUGGGCAAUUUCACGACCUCAUGGAACUCUUCAGAAUUGGAGGCAAAUCACCGGACACAAAUUACUUAUUUAUGGGGGACUAUGUUGACAGAGGAUAUUACUCAGUUGAAACAGUCACACUGCUUGUUGCUCUUAAGGUCCGUUACCGUGAACGCAUCACAAUUCUUCGGGGGAACCAUGAGAGCAGGCAGAUCACACAAGUAUAUGGUUUUUAUGAUGAAUGUUUAAGGAAAUAUGGAAAUGCAAAUGUUUGGAAGUACUUCACAGAUCUUUUUGAUUAUCUUCCUCUAACUGCUCUGGUGGAUGGCCAGAUUUUCUGUCUACAUGGUGGCCUGUCACCAUCCAUAGAUACACUGGAUCACAUCAGAGCACUUGACCGCCUGCAAGAAGUUCCCCACGAGGGUCCAAUGUGUGAUUUGCUAUGGUCAGAUCCAGAUGAUCGUGGUGGUUGGGGUAUUUCUCCUCGUGGUGCUGGUUAUACAUUUGGACAAGAUAUUUCAGAAACUUUUAAUCAUGCCAAUGGCCUUACAUUGGUUUCAAGAGCACAUCAGCUGGUAAUGGAGGGCUACAACUGGUGCCACGAUCGGAAUGUAGUAACAAUUUUCAGUGCUCCAAACUAUUGUUAUCGUUGUGGCAACCAGGCUGCAAUCAUGGAACUUGAUGAUACUCUAAAAUACUCCUUCUUGCAGUUUGAUCCAGCACCACGCAGAGGCGAACCACAUGUUACUCGUCGCACCCCAGACUACUUCCUGUAAAGAUUUUACACUUGUACAGUAUUGCCAUGAACCAUAUGUUGACCUAAAGGAAAUGGGAAGAGCAACAGUAACUCCAAAGUGUCAGAAAAUAUUUAACAUUCAAACUUGUUUUCACAUGGACCAAAAGAUGUGCCAUAUUAAAAUACAAAGCCUCUUGUCAACAACCGUGACCACUUUAGAAUGAACCAGUUCAUUGCAUGCUGAAGCAACAUUGUUGGUCAAGAAACCAGUUUCUGGCAUAGCACUAUUUGUAGUUACUUUUGCUUUCUCUGAGAGACUGCAGAUAUUAAGAUGUAGACAUUAACACCUCGUGAAUACAUUUAACUUUCCAUUUAGCUAUAGCUUUAUUCAGCAUGACUGUAGAUAAGGAUAGCAGCAAACAAUCAUUGAAGCUUAAUGAACAUUUUUAAAAUAAGUACCAAGUCCGCCUCCUAUAUAUGUUCUGUUUUGUUUUUUUUCAGGGAAUACUGUUUAAUUUAAUUGCAUUGAUUUUUGUCUCUCUCAUUUUUUCCUCCCCAUUCUGCCUCCUUCAUUUCCCCUGUAAUUGUCCAAGCAUAGUGAGUUAUUUUGAACAGAACUGUUUUUUCCUGUAAAAUGAUGUUACUGCAGGAAAGUCCUGCAGUGUUUUUUCAUAAUAAACUUGUGAACUAAGUAUCUCAGGUUAACUCUGUGCUGGUUUUAAUAAAAGGUUGAUUUUCAUGAUGGGUUUUAUAAACCUGUAUAGAAAUCUUCAACUUUAAUAUCUAAUUAAACAUGAGGUGGUAAUACUAUUGGGUUCUGAAUUCCCUAUUUGCUGAUUGCUUCACCAAUAUCUUUGAGGACCUAAGUAGCAUGGAGGUAGCAGCACAUUCUACAAUCCUCUUUAAUCCAUAAAUAGAAGCAGUGUAUUGUGCUGUGCUCUGAUUCAAUGUCAAUAUUUAUUUAUUGCUUUGCAAUUUAAUAGACAUUUUUAGAAAUAGCUUGUACUCUGAAUUACUUUUUGCUCUCUUUCUCAUCUUUGUAAACAUUGGCCUGUGGAGUAAACUUGCUACUUGAUCUUAACUGACACCAUUCCUGGCUGUCCUACCAGUCCUUCCUUAUUACAUGAAUUGGCAUGUUGGAUUUUUUGUUUCAAGGAGGCAAGGCAGCCUCUGCAGAAGCAUGUGAGCGGGUAACUGGGUGACAUUUUAUCUUCAAGGACACAAAAGCAGCUCUCACUUAGUCAAUGGAUGCUGAGGGCAGAAUCUAUUUCUUCUCUCUUGGCAUAGUCAUCCAGAUUUUUUGGAGUCCUUCCUCUAGUUUGUCUUCAUAAUCUGUAUUGUGUUUAAUUACUUGGAAAACCAAGGAGAAUGUAUAUUUCUGGAUUCCAUGAGUGUGUUAGAAUUGCUCUUCAUAAUGUGUUGGUUUCAUUACAAAUUGGUCAGCUACAUGAUAGCACCAACUACUUUAAAAACAUGUUUGAAAGAUCCCAAAUAAAGAAAUGCUUGCCUGUUUAAAAAUAAA